AGAUAAAAAAAGUUUAUUCCAGAAUGGCAGACAGAUCGUUAAAAGACGGUUCUGAUGCAGAUUAUGAAUUCACGUGUACACCUUGCAGCAAAGACAAUAUUAGAGAGGAGGCUGACAAGUAUUGCCCUGAGUGUCAAGAAUAUCUGUGUAAAACAUGUAUAAGAUACCAUAGUCGACUCAAGGCUUCACAGCAACAUAAACUGCUGGAUAAAAGGGAUGCUAAACAAGGUGUUGUUGUUUCCAGGAUUAAAUGUCUUUUCCAUCCAGACCGAGAAAUUGAAAUGUACUGCCUUACACAUGAUAUGGUGUACUGUCUCCUGUGUAUUGCAACAGAACAUAGGUCUUGUGACGGAGUAAACACAAUUGAAGAUGUGUCAAAACAAUGUGUCACUCAGGCGGAGAUUCAAUCGCUAUUAGAUGGGACACAAACUGUACAAGACAAGGUGAAGUCACUUACAGUUAAACAGAAACAAAAUGUUACUGCAAUAGAGAAAGAGAAGGAAGCUAUUGAAGGGAAACUAGAUGAUACAGUGACAAAACUUAUGGAACAUAUUAGAACAUUGAAAAGAGAGACAGCAAAAUGUUUAAAUGAUAAAUAUUCUACAUUGAAGGAGGAACUCGUAUCUGCUAUCAGUGUAUCAGGUCGCACAGCUGAAGACUUAAAACAAACCAAGGAACAACUACAUACUAUUGACAGUCUGGACUUAGAGCAGCAAUUUGUCCGGAUGAAAUUGGUGAAGAAAACAGUCCAAGAUGCAAACACUUUUAUAACAGAAGGUGAGGCAGAAGGUACAAAAUUUAUCGAUUUUACUGUAAAUAAAGAGCUGACGGACAUCAUCACCAAAGCAAAUUCUAUAGGUGAGGUGACAACUGGAAUUGUGGAUGAGCAGGAAUUGAAACAGAGGCAGUACACAAUAAAGUCAACGAAAGAGAUCAAUGUGAAGCUGAGUAAUGACAAAUGGGUAUGUUGCAUAUCUGAUAUCUGCAUACUUCCUGAUGAUACGAUCCUUUUGACUGAUCAUUACAAUAACAAAGUGAAAAGACUCGACAGUAAUGAUAGUGUCGAAAACGUCUAUGAUUUUCAUGCAAGAACUACAGGUAUAUGUAGUGUUAGUAACAGUGAAGUGGCUGUGAAAUUAAACAACAAUAGAAUUCAACUAUUUUCUGUUGGCUCACCUCUGUCCAAAGGAAAGACAAUAGAUAUAAAAAACGGUGGACAGUUUGGAUUAACAAUGUGCUGUGGUGAUCUAUGGUCAUCAGCCUCAAAUUGUGUUAACGUAUACAGUACUUCAUCUUAUCUUUUAAAAUCUAUCGUCAAGGAUCAAAACGGGAAGUCUAUAUUUAAAUCCAAUGUUCAGCAUAUGUCUGUCACUUCUGACACAGUGAUCGUGACAGAUAGCUCUGAUGGAGCUGUUUGUCUUAACAAGGAUGGUGUGGUCAUCAGAGAGCUGAGAGACAGUAGAUUGAAGAAUACUCGAGGUGUAUGUAAAGAUGACGAUGGAACAGUAUUUCUAUGUGGAUAUCAAUCACAAAACAUCGUUAUGUUCAACAGGGAUGGUAAAUGUCUCGGAGAACUGAUUGGGAAAGAUUCUGGUUUGAAAUUACCAGUCAGUAUGUUCUUCGAUGGGAGAAGAAAUAGGUUAAUUGUUGGAUGUGGCGACAGAAGCAUUUUAUUUGUAAUUGAAUUUGAUUGCUAAAAAGUCGCAAUAAUUUCAACUCCAAGUGAUAAUAAAAGAAAACUUAAAUAUAAUUCUGAUAUCAAAUAUCUUAAAAAAUAACUCUUAUAAGAAAAACAAUGUGAAUUAUCUAAAAUGCUAUUUACAUGCUUCAUGGUUUUAUUCUUUUGAUGACAUGUAUUAGUACUAAUCGCUGUAUAGAAAAUAAAAUACACAUGAAAAAUAAUAUCAUAAAAUUC